AUGGCGACUGCCAAUCCUCUGGAUCUGCUCACGCGAGCUGCUGCCCAGGAGAUGGAGCGGUUGGAUAGAGAAAUAGCUGAUCUAACACGUGAAAUUACCAUCAGAGAUGUUAGUCCCAUAGCUGCGACACCAGGACGUCGGAGACCAGUACGUCUGGAAGAGGAGGGGGUGGUCGCUGAACCGCCCAACUCAACACGGAAUGACGAUGCUGCGACUGGAACAGCUGCAUCACCAACUCAUCCAGCUCCUGCGAAUGAGGCGGCUGCAGGGAGUGUUCCUGCUGCCGAGACCGAGCUGUUAGUGGCAGUAAAGGAACUUUGCACUAUGUUGUGUCAGACUCAGAGAACAUCCGGUAAUGUCACAACCGGAGCAAACGAAAGCAUGACUUCUGCAAUUGAGCAAUUGGCACUAAAAAGCGCACUACCACCACUUGAGGUAGUUAAGUUUACCGGGGAUGCUACCGAGUAUUUCCGCUUCAUAACAAGAUAUGAAACGAUGGUUGGGUCUCAAAACCUAACUGAGGCUCAAAAGAUGGCGAGACUGUUGCAAUUUGUUGAUGGGCGGGCCAAGCGUUCCAUAAGCGGUUUUGAUGGUGUCCUAGGUGGUCUUGCCCAAGCAUUAGAGACUUUAAAGAGACGCUUUGGUCAACCACAUGUAGUGGCCGAGGCCUGUGUAGAAAAACUGAUCGGGGGACCAAACCUUGAUACAAACGAUGUGCAGGGACUCUGUGACUUUGCUGAUAAGUCGAGAACCUUGUUUGAGACUCUGAAAGGACUCAAGGCUGUUGGUGAAAUGAACAUGUCUAACAUGCAGAAAAUGUCCAGAAAAAUGCCCGUUCGGCUGCAGGUGAAGUGGCGUGAUGAGGCACAGCGUGUAAAACGAGACACGGGCAAGCUGCCUGGUGUAGAAGUCCUUGUCAGGUUCAUCGAGAGGGCGGCGGAAGCUGUGAGUGACCCCGUCUUUGGUAAGAUUGCUGACAAUCGGUCAAAUAGUGGUAAGCCGAAGACGACACAAGGAAAGCCGACAUUCGGGGGUAAACAGGACAACGCUAGACCUGUUGCCUCUACGUUUGCUACCAGUACCAGCACCUCCUCAUCACAUCUGAAAUGCUAUGAUUGCGGAGACAACCAUAGGCUGGGGGACUGUGAAGUUUUCAAGGCCAAGGACCUGAAACAGCGUGCCGCUUUUGUUAAGACACACAACCUGUGUUUCAACUGUCUGGGAAGGUCCCAUGUAUCCAAGGACUGCAACGUUAAGGUGCAAUGUCAAGUUUGUGGUAAAAAACACUCUACGUUACUACAUCGCUACCAGGUGAGCGGAAAUGCCAAUUCAACUCGGCCUCAGCGAGUACAGCAACCAGUGAAUGCCAAUUCUACUGGGGUGUGCACUAUAAAUUCGAACGUCCUGCAACGCAACAGUGGGCAAGUGGCCCUUCAAGUGGUUCCGAUAAGAAUAUACGGUGAAAGUGGUACAAGUCUUACUACUCUGGCCCUGCUUGAUUCUUGUUGUCAGGACACAUUUGUCAAAAAAUCCCUAGCAGACAAACUACACCUCCACGUUGCAAGUUAUGAGCCAAUUGAGAUUCAGACAAUGACUGGCAUUGGUACGGUUCUCAGUGGACAUGUCGAUUUUAGUGUAGAGGGGGCAAGUAACCCCAUGAGAAGAGUUCAAAUUCGAGGCAGGGCAGUAGAAGGCCUGACUGUUAACUCUGUUCAUCCUGGUGACCUACAGAGGUGGGACCAUCUCAAGGAUAUCAAAAUGGUGGACGUGGAGAUUCCUGAAGUGAACCUCAUCUUGGGCGCCAACAUCCCUGAGGUGUUGGUGCACAUCGAAUCCAGACUUGGAAGAAGUGGUGAACCAUAA